AAUGCACAGGAAUUUUUAUUGUUCCACAGACGCACCGAUCUUUUCUUUCCGUAUCCAAAUGGAUAAAGUUAAAAAGUAAACGCACUGUUCCUUUCUUUGACCAUAAAAGUUCUUCCGUAAGCCUCUUUUUAUUAUAAGAACGUGUCAUGAGCCGAUAAUCGGAGUUCGGCCUGGUCCGCCGACUGCCCCCAAGGAAGGUGAGUUUGGGUUUGUAGUGAAUCGUCCGAAUAGUUCGUCAUACAAAAGGUUUUAAACAAUUCAUUUCUUUUUUUAAAUAUUUUAUCAGGUUUAAAUGAACCCAAAAACCAUCUAAUCCCUUGAACUCGCCAUGGGUUAAACCGUCAGCUCGUCGGGCAUAGGAAGAAAAAAAACCCCCAUCUAUCUAGCCUAUAACUCUUUCUGUGUUAGGUCUACUUUUUCUAUUUAUUGAGGAAAUUUCCUUCUUCUAUCUAUGUUGCAAUAACCCCCAUAUACGUUAGCUCACGUCCACAACUAAUCUCAAAUAAAAAUCUGUGCUUUACACACCAAGAAAAUUUGACUGUCUAUACAAAACAAAAUAAACUAAGCGAAGGGAUCGGUUUCAGCUUUAUUCUCUUAUCUUAUCCCGACUAGGCUGAUUAAAGCCAAUAUUUUAACUCAAACUAGAAGGUGGGAUAUUGGCUUAGGAUUGUUGGAUGUUUACUCCUUAUUUUGACUUAUUACUUACUUAAGCAGGUAUUGUAUAAGAUUUUUCUUUUUUUAACAUAGUCUGAACAUCUGAUUUCCUAUCACAUUGAUGUUCCAAGCCCUUUCCACUAUCUGUAGGUCUGGGUGCUUUGUCCACAUUUGAGAAAACUCAAAUGGUUUCGGGCCACUGUUUAGCUAAGGUUUUAAUGUAAUCGAUAGGGGAGAAUGAUCCGAUACACCUGGAUUGAGAUACUCCACAAAACCAUCCGGGCAAUCCUGCAGCAACCAUUCCGCAUUGAUCAGUGCCCUGUCAAGCCUACCAAUCAUUCUUCUGCUUCCUUGGGCCUGGUUACUCCAGGAGUGUUGAUGUCCUGUGGCCCUCAUAUCCAUGGCUGGCUUCUAUACUUUAGUUCAAUUUCAAAAGAAAGGAAUGACGAAAGAAUCUGCCUCCUCUCACUAUUAGAGCGAACCAGGUGAAAAUCCCCUGUUCCCAACCAGGUACCUUGAACCUGCUGUGAUAAAGUCAGAAUGUCUCCUCAUAGUUUAGUCCUGUCAGCAGCACAAUGAGAAAAAAAAAAGGAAGAUUGGAAGAAAGAGAAUGAGAAUGAAAUAAGCUUCGGUAUCAUAAGUCAUAUCGUAUCGACCAACCGGCCUUCGGUGGGGUUGGUUUAUAACAUAACAUAAGGAGUUUUUUCGGUAUACCGCUCCGCGAGCAAGGAGCGCCGCGAGCAGAGCGAGAGAACGAAGUGGGCUUUGGUGAUGUCGGAAUUUUCACCUAUUUUUCUCUAUUUAGUGAUCAGUCCGCUAGUUUCUUUGAUCCCACUCGGUCUUCCUUUUCUAUUUGCUUCCAAUAGUUCGACCUAUCCAGAAAAAUUGUCGGCCCACGAAUGUGGUUCCGAUCCCUCCGGUGAUGCCAGAAGUCGUUUCGAUAUACGAUUUUAUCCGGUUUCUAUUUUAUUUAUUAUCCCUGAUCCGGAAGUCACCUUUUCUUCUCCUUGGGCAGUACCUCCCAACAAGAUUGAUCUGUUUGGAUCUUGGUCCAUGAUGGCCUUUUUUUAUUGA